CCGCACCCUGGCCACUUCUACACUUUCUCAGUUUUUCGUGAUUUAAAAACCAUGGCCACCACCUCCCGCAUCCGCGUCCGCGAGGGAACUCCCGCCGAUGUCGACGCGAUCGUGGACAUCUACUACAAGGCCUUCCGUGACAAUGUCAUGGACCAGCUGAUGUAUCCGGGCGGUCCGUCCGAAGACGCCAGGAGAAAGUUCACCGCCAAGGUCCUGCCACGAUCAACCCCUGAGGGUGAGAAAGGAGAAAGCCUUCUCUGUGUCGCCGAAUAUCUGCCCGAGGGCAGUCCUGCCGAUGGUCCAUGGGAGGUUGUCGCCUUUGGGAAGUGGGAUCUCUAUCGCGAAGCGCGCACGGAAGAAGAGUGGAAAGCCGACGAGUUCAACGCAACAGCCGACACAUUUGGCGCGGGCUGCGAUCCUUCUGUCAUCAACGCCUUCAUCGGUGGGAUGACACGGAAACAACGAGACCACGCCAAAGGUGAAGCCGCGCUAUUCCUCGGCCUCCUCGCCUGCAGCCCGGCCCGGCAAGGUUUGGGAGCCGGAUCGGCACUGAUGAAGUGGGGCGUUGACCUUGCCGACAGCCUUGGGCUCCCUUGCCGGCUCGAGGCUUCUCCUGCCGGCUACCGUCUCUACAAGAAGUUCGGUUUUGAGGAUUUCGAUGUGUUAGAUCUUCCGGUUACUGAAAAAUGGGGUGUGGCGAACACAAAGGGAGACAACUGGGGGCAGGACAUCGCUGUCGGUCUCGCGGGGCGGGCCCCCGACGGAGUCCACCGGUGCGCGCUGAUGAGGCGGCCGCCUAAGAGUGUCAAGGUCUAG